GUCAAAAACUCGUCAUGAAAGUGUCACAAGACCAUCUUUACAUGUGGUCUUGGAUUUUAAAAUAGAACCUUUGCACCAACACUCCACAAUGCUCAACCCGGACAAAGUAAGAGGACAAUGAGAAAGGAUAUACGAUAAUCAGAAAACUUAACAUUUAACAUUUAUUGUUUAAACUGAAUACGACUGGUAAAUACAAUAAACGGUGACCAUACCUAUUUUAGUAUCAUCCAAGCAUCAUACUAUACGAUAGGAAGAGUUUGGCGAAAUGCGACGGCAAGACCAACUUCAUCAAUCUGGUCCAAAGUGUUCAAGAAUUUGAUUUUAACUCAGAUUCUGCGUAAUUUGAACCAUUUCUUGGUCAAUUUGACAUUAGAUGCCGUACUCAGAUUUCAUUGGAAAAUGUAGCAAAUCAAAGGUUUUUACAAACCAUCGUAUUCGGCCCAUAUAAGUACAAAAGGCAUAUUGAGGUCGUUCAUUCACUGAUGGAAAAUCAGUCAGUCAUUUCAUUAAGAUAAAUCAUAUAAUUAAAUUGUGAAAUGAUGCGCGCACAUCGUAUCUUAUAUCAAAACACCAUGCAAUAACCGCGCCUUGCACUAAUACAGUCUCAUGCAACAAAUUCAAUUAGAUAUAAGAUUUGAUGAGUGACGCAUAUUUAUCAUCUGGAAUCAGCCAAUCGUGUUAAUGACUAAUUAAUGCCGCGCAAUAGUAACUCAACAUGUAGGACCUAACGUCAAGUGUUGUAGAAUGCUGCAGUAUCAUUUCGACAGAUUGGCUGCUGCACAGCAAACAUUAUUGACACACAAUUUGAUUGAUUUUCUCCGUGAAGAUGAUGCGGAUCACGCGAGUGGCGAGUGCGCAAUGCUAUAUCGGUGACUCUUGAUAAUAAUGUGCUGGUGGGCCGAUGUUGUUGCGAGAACUUUCAGUCAGUCAAAGGGCGUUAGGCACGUAGGACCGGCCCGUCUUACGGCUCCGUUUUACGGUCAGUGAGGAACCAGCACGAUCGGUUGAGUAUGGCUGCUUAUAUCGGAGACAAUUGGACCGAAUGGAAUAUCUCUGGUGGAGAUUUCUUCACAGAAAACAUCGCACAACGAGGCGUCGCCGAGAAAGUUAUUGCAGCAAUUUUGUUAAUCAUGAUCAUUGUUCUGUCGGUAGUGGGAAACAUCGCCGUCAUUAUUGCGGUUAUGAGGACGCCCCGGUUACGGGAGAAAACAUCCAAUAUAUUCUUGAUAAACUUGAGUGUGACGGAUCUAAUGAAUGCAACAUUGGUGAUGCCCAGCACAGUGUUCUCCCUCAUUGCAGAUAAAUGGAUGUUCGGUCCUUUUUUGUGUUACGCACAGUGUGCUUUUAACUACUGGUUCAUCAUUGUUUCAAUGUUAACUCUUGCUAUGAUUAGUAUUGACGGCUACUACGCCGUGGUUCAUCCCCUGCACUACAUGAACAUCGUCACCCCAACGCUUACUAAGAUGGCGGUUUCGUAUGCCUGGAUUCAGGGCUUUGCCUUUGGCUUGAUACCUGUCAUCUACAACUGGGUCGUCUUUGACUACUGGGAAGUUGUUUGCGCCAUAAACUGGGACGCCUACAGCCAAGAGGGUGCGUUGUCCUACGUCAUAACAGCUUUCAUAUUCUGCUUUCUUAUCCCCGCCAUAGUCAUGACUCUUUGCUACACCAAAAUCUGCCGUGUUGCGAAGGAGAAAUCGGUGGUACCCGAAAUCGCUGCCAGCGGGCCGAAGGGCCGGCGGAAAAACAAGAAGGCGACUAACGAGAGGCGGGUCAUACAGAGUUUAGCUCUGGUGGUGGGCAUUUUCUUCCUGUGCAUGACACCUUUCUGCGUCACCAAACUCAUCAAAAUCUUUAAGAGUUCAAGCUUCCUGCCGCCGUAUCUCUACCUGAUAGCAUCGUGGUUUGAGUACCUCGCAAGUGCCACUAAUCCUUUUAUCUACGCCAUAUUUCGGCGGGACUUUCGCCGCGCCUUCAAGCACUUGUUCUGUCGUAACCGAAUAUUCCCCGGACGGAACCAAUCCUCCUCCCCAAAUGGAACUUUGAGUAUCUCAGAGUCAAGACGAAGGAGGACUAGCCAUUCUGCCAUUCACAACCUCCGUCCGUUGGCAAAUGGGAACGGUACAGGUGGGAGCAGAAGGUUCUCGAGCCAGCAGGCCACCGGGAAGCCCGGCUGCACCAUUCCAAAAGACAUUCACACAAACAGUGACGUCACGGUAUAGCCUUUGAGGGUUCAACAAAAGCUUCGAACUAUGAUUCAAUUUAUAGAACAAAGUGGACUCCUGUUUCUGCAUGGACACAAAAACCAAAAAAAGUGUAUUCAAAUGGGAAGUCAUACUUUUCGUGAGGCGACGCAAAAUGUUACGUAAUCUUGUUUCAAAGUGAUGGUGCAAUCUGUACAAUGGCUGUCUGUCACACUUUGCAUUCUAAAAAGAAAGAGAUCUCACCUUCUGUGCGAUUUGGUUAAAUGAGCUAUUAAUAAUACAGCUGCAGGUCACUCACAUCAUAGAGAAAGGAAUUGUCCUUUCUCUAUGCUCACAUUGCAAUGCUAACGCAGCUGUUGUGCUUUA